CGACGGCCGUCCCAUCGCCAUGGCCGCAUCAAAAUGUCCGUCGUCAGUGUUUCACGUCGGAUGUCCGAUUCGCGUCCUCUUCGAUCCCACAGCAAUGCUGCGUUCUUCCUGAUCCCCGAGUGACGAAAGGCAAAAAUGUUCUCGUCUGACUGACGACCCCCCGUCAUCUCGCCAUCGACGACAGCACCAGCAGCGACGCUGAGCGAACCACGCGAUCAGGAUGAACGCGCUGGCAGCGCAAGGCGUUCGACAACAUCUCGGCCGUUCGUCUUCGCGUGAUGCCAUCCUCCGUAUGGCCUCGCAGUGUCCGUGCGCGUAACUUUGUGAACGGGUCAGCUGUGUGGUUGCGACGACCCGACCGAGCGUGGUCUUCGAGGCGCCCGUGCUCGUGCGAUCGGCGACAUGACUCUGGGCGCACGGUCGGGGAGAUGCGGACUCAGUUUGGUCACGUAGUGAAAGUGUUUCGGUCGACCAGGGGCAAUGCAGCGGGAAGGAACUCCAGUUUUCCUGCGGUACCACCAAGGUAGCGUGCGUGGGGUCGCGUUCAGCCCCAGGGACAGGUACCUGUUUUGUUCGGGCGCGUACGAUGGCAAGGUCAACCUCUACUCGGCACAGCAGAUGGAGCUGCUCAUGUGCUAUCAGAUCACUGCCAUGGGCCUUGCACGCAACAUCAACGCAGUCCGCUUCACCAGCGACGGUUCUCGGAUCCUGGCAGCCACGACGGCGCGGAGACUGGCGGUCAUCGAUGUGGAGCGUGGGGAGCAGGUUAUGACAUAUGACAACUGUGCCUUCAACGGACGGGAUCGAGCGAGCCUGGCAGCAGAUCCCAUCUGCCCCAACAUGGCCGUCUGCAGCUGUGUUAACGGGAAGGGCCUGACUCUGUUUGACCUGAGGAUGCCUCUGCCCCUGGACUUCGUCUACGAUCUGCACAACAACAUCAUCCGUGACCUGUUGUUCCUGCACAGCAGUUGGCCCUUCGUGCGCAGCCACCAGAGCACCGUGCUGUCCCUCUCCGUCGACGGUGUCUCCAAGGUGACGACGCUGGACGGGCGGUACUUGCAUGGCUUCGAGGUGGGCCACGGCGCCAACUCGGUGACUGCCACCCCCGAGGCCUACGGCUCUGGAGCGGAGGACGGUUUUUACAGCGUGCUCUUGGUCGGUGGCGACGCGGUGUCCGGCUACGUGCCGGACGUCGGGGUGCAAGAGCGUCUGCGGGAGCACGGAGACCACCCUGUCUGGAAGAUGCGCUACACCUCCAACGGGGGACUGCUGUACACCGCCUGCGACCGCGGGGUGGUCAGGAGGUACCGACGUUACCCCGACCGGCACGAGUAUCUGGGCGAGGUGUACUGGCACAAGGGGGACAUCCAGGACAUGGACCUCUCUCCCUACGACGAGUACCUGAUCACAGCCUCCAAAGACCGGUCUGUGGGGGUCCUGCCCCUGGGGCCCCCCAACCAUGGCUGGACGGAGUACUGCGAGCUCUCCUGAACGGGGCCCCCCCUGGUGUCAAGACUGUUUGUUUCUCUGUUGUGGAGUAAAAAAACUGCACAGUUUA